AUGGAUGUGAUGUCCAUCGUCGGUGGUGUUGAUGUCCAUCCACAUCCUCUUUCCCAAAUUCCCUUUCACCUUGUCACUGCCAAGGGUCCUGUCAACGUUGAUCUCGGCGAUCUGGACAUCCCUGAUCCGGAAGGUCUUGGACGUUGGCGAAAUAUCACGUUGGAGGAAAGGGGUCAAGUCGGGUCCAGUUUCUACCACGGAUCUGUCUACUGGGAGAAGCAAAGGGAAAGAGCAGAGGCGGAAAGCAGUUCAGAGAUACCCAGUGAGGAGAGAUCAGGUUCUGGCUUGAUCAAAGAUUCGCCACCUCCAUACGACGGGCCCAGGGGCAGAGGGAUGCGUGUCAGGACCAGCGUGGGGGCUAUCAAUGUUGUAUUCUAG